AUGACGACGGGCAACUUUCAUGUCUUUAGAGACUGCUUGUUCUCAAAUGUCGUGGAGAAGCUCACUGAGGCAACGAAGAAAACUCCGAACCGGUCUUCACCGGGCAAGAAAGCCAGACAAAACGAGUCUGAGCCUGAGCCAUCUGGGCCCGAUCCUUCUGAGCUGGCCGACUUUUCUGACUACCUGGCCACCGACAUCUUUUCCAGCUUGCCAGAGAAAUUCCAGGCACUUUCCCAUCAUCAAUAUCGGAAUGACAUUGUGAACUCUAACAAAUGGUCCCUUCCUCUAACGCUGACUGUUCUUGAAGAGCUUUCUGCUCAUCUGCCAGGAGACAUAAACGACAGCUUGACCGCAUACGGACUAAUCGAACCACCCAAAUCUGAUAUGCAAUCUUUUAUGGCACCGGUGUUCUCUGGCUACAUCUCUGCGGUGACAACACCGCCGCUAAAAUGGACAGAGACUAGGACCACGGCUUGCGAGAUCUGCGAAAGAGACUGGGUUCCAGUCACCUACCAUCAUUUAAUACCAAAGCAAGUCCAUGCCAAGGUGCUCAAGAGGAAUUGGCAUGAAGAACACCGGCUAAAUAGCGUUGCAUGGCUAUGUCGAGCUUGUCACAGCUUUGUUCAUCGGAUGGCCUCGAAUGAAGAGCUCGCCCGAGAAUGGUACACUGUUGACUUGAUAUGUCAGAGGGAAGACGUCCAGAAGUGGUCUCAAUGGGUCCGACGCGUUCGUUGGAAUAGGACUUGA